UGCCCAGGAUUUGUUCGUCAGAAACCCCACUAUUUCUGACUCCCAGCAGUCAUGGCUGCGCCGCUGUACAAUGUGGCGUCAAUCAAGCUGUUCAAGUCCUGCUACCAGGGACCUGGCUGUAUCGAGCUGUUCAGCGCAAGAGGAAACAACCCAGUAAAAUACUGGAAGCUAAGUGGCGCCCCCUCUGGCAUACGCAGAGAAUACAGUAAAAACCUCAGGGGACUUGUCUACUGCCUGGACGCUGGCAGCCGGACUGUGAAGAUGCGAAUGCCGGCGGAUGAAACAAUGUCACUCAGUAUCAAUCAGCGAUUCCUGGUGUUUCAAGUCAAGGUUCCUGAUAAAAAGUAUUUUUGCCUUGAGAUUGGGGUAACGGACUCCGAUAACAUUCAGAGAAGACUUUACUUCUCGACAAUGAGGAGGCAGUUCUGCGCGUCAUCCCUUCUGAAUGCAAAAAUCCCUUUCAUUGGACUUCAGCCUGAUGUUUGGUCAACACUGUUCAUCGACCUCUAUUCGUUCGGCAGCGUGUUCACGACCAAAGCCAGCUUGACACUGAAUGACGUCACUGUACAUGCUAACUGCGAAAUUCGCAGAAUCUUUACCAUGGAGCCACAGAUAGAGACUUCGAAAAUUGGUAUGUUUCUUGAUGAGAAGGCUCUGACCGAAAUGGUGCCGCGGAGUUGUGUCUUCCCGGGACACGUGACUAAUGUGGCUCAGAUUUUGGACCUUCAGAGUUUCAGGAAAGAAACGAUACUAGAAAAAGAACCAGAGAAAGCUGUUUCUUAACUCUGACAAAAGAGUUUGGUCAGGCAUCAGGCCCGGAUUGUGUUACUGGAUUUGGAUAAAGUUUCUCCAUCUGAAACAGCACGUCUGGAUACGCCAGUCAAGAUUUGGUCUGAAGAAAAAAUGAAACCUCAGAGUUGUCGCUGAGGCAGACAACUUGAGAGACAGGUGAUGUGGGUUGUAGGUUUACUGGGUCAAAUCCCAUUUUUGGAAAAGCAACCAAAAUUGCUGUUGGACUGCUCCGCGGAAGCUCACAAGAGGAAAACUGGGACAACUCAGAUGUCAGAUGUUAAAAUGAAGGCACCAAAAAUAACAGCAGAAACAUGUCUUUCUGUGUGCCGAUGGGUGGGGUUGUGCCAAAAAUAACAAAAAAAAAAGUACAAAGGAACGUCUUGAAAAUAUUCCAAAAUAUUCAAUAGAUGAAAUAUAUUUCUUGAUACAUAUAUUUUAUUUACAGUUUAAUCUUAGCCCAAUAAUUCAGUCCCUGCCUUGUUAAAAUCCUGUUCAUUGGGAAUUACCUUUUACAGAGAGGGCCAUUGUGUGUUGUUCUACAGUCCAACAUCUCACUUGAAAUUUGAUGUUUUUA